AUGGCAGCUCGCGAUGGACCCAAGACCAUCAACCGCCAGGAAGUCACGCCCUUCCACCUCAAGCUCUUCUAUCGCACCAACAGCUUCCACCACCUAUCUGACUACAGUAUCCCGCCCCCGUCCCGCUACCGGGGCGGCCCAAUGAGUGGACCAAAUGCGAUUCGCGCCCAUUCCCCUCCGCCAGCUGCCGCGACACUCCCACCUCACCUCGAGAUCUACACAUGGCAAUCUUGUACCCUCCGAGAACUUUCACAGCUUCUUACAAGCACACUUCCUCAUUUGCUGCCCGAUCCACCUGUGGGAACGCGCCUCUGCUUCCGCUUGAUAUACCCCGAUGCCAAAAGCGCCGCGAUGAUGGGCCCCGACGCGCGCGGUCGGUACGUCAGUAGGGAGCUUGGGAGUGUGAUAGUCGCGCCACGAGAGAGCCCUUAUCGCAAUGAGGAAGAAGCAGAUGCGGCGGGAGAAUCAGUCUCUCGCCCCGGUCCGCUGCGUUUCCAGGGCUCGGAUGCCGACAAAGCUUUACAGGACGCCCGCUUUAUUGUCGGCGACUACGUGGAGUGUGCGAUCGUGCCUCCUCUGGAGGACGGGUCGAUUGCUCCUCCACCUCGUGGUGGUUCGGGGUCAGGCCCUGGUGGGGGUGGGAUGCGUGCAUUCCGGGAUAAUGGGUUUGGACGGCCUGGCCGUGGCGGUGGUCCUCGCGGUGGUGACCGUGAUGGACCUCCAAGACUGCCGCCUGGGGACUGGAAACGAGGCGAACGGCUCCCUGACGGACCGGGGCGAGGGGUGGUCGUCGGGGAUGGGCGCCGUACUAGAUCACUUUGGAAUACUAGGCAAGAAAAUGGUUGA